GUCUGUUCGACAGUUCAGUCUGCACACAGCAGCUCUCAGUGCGUCUGUCUCUCACUGCCCGUCUGUCUCUCUGUCAGGAUGGACCAGUUCCAUUAUGGAUUAUUGAUUGUUGUGUUUUUGCUGUCGAUCAGCUGUUUACACUCCGUUUACAUUACUGACAGCACAGACUCUCUCCAUCAGGUCCUGUCGGAGUUCAGUGUCAUUCGUCCAAUCAGGACAAACUCAGAGGGGCGUUUCCUGUCAGCGUCGGUCUCCGGCCACCGCCUACAUCGGAACAAAAGACACGCCCGUUACACAGAAUACACGCCCACACCACAUCAGACUCCGCCCACUGACACCUCACAAAGGGGGCGGGGUUAUAUGCAUGAGGAGGCGGGGCUUUUCUACAACCUGACGGUGUUUGGUCAGGAGCUCCACGUGCGGCUGCGUCCAAACUCUCGUCUCGUUGCACCCGCCGCCACCAUGGUGUGGUGGGAGGAGUCAGGACGCAAACACUCCCAACCAAUAGAGGACACUGACUGCUUUUACACGGGAGAGGUGUCCAACAUGGAGGACACGUCUGUUGCCAUUAGCAACUGCGAUGGACUGGCCGGGAUGAUCCAGAUGGGGCACGAGGAGUUUUUCAUCGAGCCGUUGGAUCGACGAAGGGCAGGAGGAGGAGGAGAGGAGGAAGAGGAGGAGGAAGGGGGAGGAAGAAAACACGUUCUUUAUCGCUCCUCAGCCAUCAUCAAGAAACCACCGGCUGCCAAUCAAACUGCUGAUGACUUCAUCCGAGGUCCACUUUUAGGUUCUCUGAACUUGAACCAGAACGUGUUGCGGUCGAGAUCCGACUCAGCUCGACGACGGCGCUACAUUGAAGAGGCUGAACUCUUUAACAUUGAGGUUUUGCUGGCUGUGGAUUAUUCUGUUCUUCUUUUCCAUGGCCGUGAUCACAUUCAGAAAUAUCUUCUGACACUCAUGAACAUAGUUAACGAGAUCUAUCAGGAUCAUUCGCUGGGUGCCAACAUCAACGUCGUUCUGGUCAGAAUCGUCAUGCUGUCUGCACCAAAGUCCCAGGAGCUGAUCUCCGUGGGGAAUCCCCAGAAGAGUUUGGAGAACGUUUGUGGAUGGUCGUAUCUGCAGCACAGGGAGCAGAGUCAUGCCGAGCAGCACGACCACACCAUCUACCUGACCAGGCAGGAGUUCGGGCCCUCCGGCAUGCAGGGUUAUGCUCCAGUUACAGGAAUGUGUCACUUGCAUCGAAGUUGUGUCCUCGUCAUUGAGGACGGAUUUUCCUCAGCCUUCGUAGCUGCCCACGAAACAGGACACGUGUUGGGGAUGGAGCAUGACGGCGAGGCAAAUGCAUGUGCUGACGACGUGCCUUUGGGCAGCAUCAUGUCUCCACGGGUUCAGGCCACCUUUCAUCGAUACCACUGGUCUCGGUGCAGCUGGAUGGAGCUGCACAAGUACCUGCAUACCUACGACUGUCUCCGUGAUGACCCCUUUAACCACGACUGGCCAGCGCUACCUCAGUUGCCAGGGUUUCAGUACUCCAUGGACCAACAGUGUCGCUUUGACUUUGGACCAGGAUACAGUCUCUGUACUGCAUACCCAAACCACGAGCCUUGUAAACAGCUGUGGUGCAGCGACUACAACAACCCAUUUUACUGUAAGACCAAGAAAGGUCCGCCACUCGACGGGACAAAGUGUGGACCAGGGAAGCACUGUUUCAAGGGUUUCUGCAUGAAGCUGACCCCCGACAUGCUGAGACAAGAUGGCGGCUGGGGAUCAUGGAGUCCGUAUGGAAGCUGCUCCAGAACCUGUGGGGGCGGGGUCAGGUUUCGGGCCAGGCACUGUGACAACCCAGCUCCAGCCAAUGGGGGGCGCACCUGCUUUGGAAACAGCUAUGAGUUCCAGCUGUGCAGCCAAGACGAGUGUCCACCACUGACUGACUUCAGGGAGGAUCAGUGUAAAGUGUGGAAUCCAUUUUAUGAACACGAAGGAACCAAACAUCACUGGCUGCCUUACCAACACCCUGACCCUGAUGAGCGCUGUCGUCUGUACUGUCAGUCAAAGGAAACGGCUGCCGUGGUUUCCAUGAACAGAAUGGUGCAUGAUGGGACGCCGUGUUCCUACAGCGACGCCCACAGCGUCUGCGUCCGAGGAGAGUGUGAGCAUGUAGGAUGUGAUGGGCAAAUUGCUUCAGACCAGCAGGAGGAUCGAUGUGGUGUCUGUGGAGGAGAUAACUCCAGUUGUAAGAUCAUCAAAGGAAACUUCACCCGCAGCACCAAGAAAGAAGGUUACCUGAAGAUCCUCGAGAUCCCCAAAGGAGCCCGACACCUUUUGAUCCAGGAGUUUAAAGGGACUCCUCACAUUCUGGCCGUGAAGAACCAGGAGACGGGUCACCUCUUCCUCAACGAUGAAGAUGAUCUCCCAGAAUCCCGAGUGGUGAUUGAGAUGGGUGUGGCGUGGGAGUACAGCAAUGCUGAGGAGCGGGAGUCUAUCCAGACCACAGGGCCACUGAAGUACAGUGUUCUGGUCAUGGUGAAUUCCCAUGGCGACUCCAAGGUCACAGUAUCCUAUAAGUACAUCAUCCAGGAUCGUCUUAGGUCCUCACUAGAGUCUAACCUGGUGCAGGAGGACGCCAUCUUCUACGAGUGGGCACUGAAGAAGUGGUCACACUGCUCCAAACCCUGCGGUGGAGGGAAACAGUACACAAGGUUCGGCUGCAGGAGGAAGGCUGAUGGGAAAAUGGUUCACAGGAUGUUUUGCUCCAACAUCAACAAACCAAGAGCUAUCAGCCGCAACUGCAACACCAAUGCUUGCAACUCGCCACGCUGGGUGACUGGGGAGUGGGAGGCCUGCAGCGCCUCCUGUGGACAGACAGGGUGGCAGCGUCGCUGGGUGAGCUGCCAGCAAACGACUGCCGUGGGACAGCAGCAGCAGCGCUCAGUAAACAGCAAACUCUGUGGUGAGGGCCGCCCAGAUGUGAAGCGAACCUGCAACCGCUUCCCCUGCCCAGCUUCCUGGCGAGCUGGGCCCUGGACCCCGUGUUCAGUAUCAUGUGGAAAUGGGACUCAGGAGCGCCAGGUUGCGUGUUCAAGCCCUGUGGAUUCAGCCCAUAACUGCAGUGGUCCUCAACCAAUCACAAACCGCACCUGCCAGGCCCUGUCCUGCAGUGGAGACCAGAAGAACUCCAUCAUUCAGUGGCUGUCCAGGUCCAGCUCGGGCUUCCCUGAUCCAAAGAUAUCCUCCAGGCAGCGUUGUCGCGCUGACCGCUCAGUGUUCUGCCGGAUGGAGGUGUUGAGCAGGUACUGCUCCAUUCCUGGGUACCGUCAGAUGUGCUGUAAGUCCUGCAGUAAGGAAAACAUCAGCAACUCCAGCAACUCCAACUUCAGCAGCACAAAUCCACCGACGUCCAACAGCAGUUCUUGGAGUUUAACCACAGAGAUGAUGACUUUAGCAUCCACCUCCUCCUGGUCUGACAGCAGGUACACCACCAGUGAUGUCAUGAGCACCUCACCUGUGAGCCUCACAGUAACUCCGCCCCCGACUAGCGAGAGCAGCACCGACUUUGUAUAUGUGGAGUACGAUGAUUAUGACGAUCACUCGUCCUACGAGGAUCCUUCUAUUCACUCUGAAACCCCUGAUGUAAUUCCAACUACUGCUACUAGUACAACUACUAGUACUACUACUACAACUACUACUACCAGACGUCCAAGGAAAACUGCUCCACCUCCUUUAUUGAAAAGGAAAUCUACCACUCUCACGCUGCCCCCUGCUACAGUCCCCAUAGUAACUGCUGAGGGUCCAAGUCCCACACUGGCACCAGUCAGGGCGUCUGCCAUCCCAGACUUCCCCACCACAGUGUCAGCUGAUCCUGAUGACAUCAUCGCUGCUUUAUCAUCACCAAACAGAACAUCAGCUCAGAGGAUCCUUCAAACUAAAAUUAAUGUGACAGAAACUGAACCAAUGCCAACAUCGUCAUCAUCCUUCUACCCUCUUGCUAAGAAGGAGAACAACUCAGUGGACGAGGUCCAGUAUCGGAUCGUGGGAUUGGACAGUGACACCAGGGGACAGCAGAACUACUUUGUGCCGCGGAUGCCGCGGUUCGGUGAGAGAACACAAAACAAACGCAUCCAGCAGCUUCUGAACGAGAAAAGGCGUCAGGAUCUUCUGAGGAGAUCCACCAGGACUGACAGGAAACAUGACGGAUUAUGAAAAUAUUCCUGCAGUGGUUUUAGUUUUAUUGUUUCCUCGUGAUGCCGCAUGUGCAGCUUGCUCACUUUGUGCUAACGCUAAUGAACUCUUAACGAGAAACAGAAACAGACCGCAGACCCGACCAACAGAACGAUUGAGUGAUGAUAAUUUUCCACCAGGUUGUCUCAACUCUCACCUUCAGGUUUACAGUCAGGUUUGCAGCAACACAGCAACACCAACUGUCCCUGAAUCCAGAACGAAGAACCCUGAAUUCUAGACCAGAAUGUGUAAAUGUUUAUUUUGCAUCUCAAAACUACUUUCUGUGGUUGGUUGGUUUCUACAUUCAUGAUGUUUGUACAAAUUAAUCUUGUGUCUAAAUAAAGUCUCAUUCAGCUG